AACAAGAAGAAGAAGCCCAACAACAUUAGCAGCAACAAAUAGGAGGAAGAGAAGGUAGGAUUGAGUACAGCAAUGCUACACCUAGUCUUUCACUCCUACCACCACCACCACCCACCAAUCCCACCACCACCACCACUCUUAUCCCAUCCCCACCCUCCAUUCCUCAGAACCCAGAAUCCAACGGCCUGGAUUCACUCACCAAGGCCCAUGGGCCUACUCUCUUUGCAACCCAGAAUUGGCUCAACCGUAAGGUGCAUGGCUAACCCAAGGAGAGUGAAGAUGGUGGCCAAGCAAAUCAGAAGAGAGCUCUCUGAUAUGCUCCUCACUGACAAGGUCUUGCAGUAUGCUAUUCUUCCUGAAGCUUCUUUGGGAGCUGAUAGGUACCUUUCUUCCCUCACCACCAUUAGCGAUGUUGAAGUCUCUGGGGAUUUGCAGGUGGUUAAAGUAUAUAUAUCUGUCUUCGGUGAUGAAAGAGGAAAGGAUCUUGCCAUUGCUGGUUUGAAGUCAAAAGCUAAGUAUGUCCGAAGUGAGUUGGGGAGACGUAUGAAGCUGCGGCUGACCCCUGAGAUACGAUUUUUAGAAGAUGAGUCUUUAGAGAGAGGAAGCAGGGUGAUUGCAAUAUUAGACAGGAUAAAGAAUGAGAAAGAGCCUCAAGCAAGCGAAGAAGGAGAGCAAUUUGAUUCAUCUGAUGCUUCUCAAGAGGACAGAGACUGGGAGGGUGAUGACCCUGAUGAAGACAUCAUAUAUGUAGACUAGUUGCUCCCUAGUUGCUCCACAUGUGACCUUUUUAAAGUGGGAUAUGCCUUUGCUUGUUCACAGGGUGAAGACUUAAGCUGUAACGCUCCAGGACAGAAGCAAAUCUUCCCAUGCAGCCCCAUCAUCUGAAUUAUUUGACUUCAGCCAUGUCAUACUACGUAAUAACCCAAAGUUUUGUGUUGCUGAUCUUCUGGAAUAGUUCAUGUAUAAUAUGCUCCUUUGAUUAACUUGUUUACAAUUAGUGCAAGCAUUAUGUUUUGUAAGUGCUAAGCUUAGGGCAUAUCGAAGUUGACAGUACCCUUGAAUUCAAUUUAAAUGAUCAAAUUGUCACAAAA